AUGUCUGAUCCGCUCGGCGGACUCCCACCUUAUUCGCCAUUGCCAAUCAAUCCAGAUCAAAUUACUUCAGAUCCGGCGUCGACAUCUAACAUUCCAAUAUCUGAUUUUCGAAGGAAUGAAGCUCGACCCAUAAUAACUGACGAUGAUCGACAUAAAUCAGUAUAUCAUCAGCCAAAUCUGGCAACGUACAAUCCAAGUGAACAACGACGUAGAAGACGUCAUCGUCGAUUACGUCCUGCAAUGGAGGCUUCUGAAUUGUCGUUUCGAGGAAUUCCAUCCAAUGAAACAGCUGACUCAACACUGAUCGAAAAUCCUAGUGCUCGCGUUCAAUUUCUUCUUGGCGAUGAAGAUCAAGAUGAUGAUGACGAAGAACACAAACCACAUGAUUUAUUCAUUGAACUGAACGAACUGGUCACCGAUGGAGAAAAAAUCAACGAAGCUGGCGAGUCAGUCGAUCAAGGAUGGAAAGAAACAGCCAGAUGGGUGAAAUUUGAAGAAGAUGUUGAAAGUGGUGGCCGAUGGAGUAAACCACACGUUGCCACUUUAUCAUUACAUUCACUACUUGAACUACGAAAUUUCAUCUCGAAAGGAAGUAUCAUACUUGAUAUGCACGCUGAACAGUUACCGACUAUUGUUGAUAUGAUUCUGGAUGAUAUGAUCGCAAAUAAUUUAUUAAUAGCCGAAAAACGCGCUGUUGUGCGUAAUGCUCUUCUUUUGAAGCAUGUGCAUCAGCAUGAAAAAGAAUUUCAUCGACAUUUACAUUCACAAGAAAUGAAAAAACCUUUACCAUUUACGCGUUCAUUAGCAGAAUUUUCACGGAAUCGCUCGCAGAAAGAUGUCACCAUCACAAGCGUCGAUCAAAUGGCGCCGGCAACUACCGCAACAGCAAGCAAUUCAGCCUUAACAGCGAGUGCACAUCAAACUUCAUCGCAUAAUAUCAAAGUCGGCGCCGGAGAACAAUCGAAACCACGUCUCAUCGAGACGGAAGAAGGAGCUGCUAGUCUGUUAACUGCGGAAUCUCGUGCGAAGAUCAAUUUACAUUUUAUGAAAAAAGUUCCGCCAAACGCUGAAGCGACAAAUGUCUUAGUUGGUGCUGUGGAUUUUCUCCAAACACCGAUCUAUGCAUUCGUUCGUUUAUGGAAAGGAGUGACACUCCCCGAUCUCAUUGAAGUUCCAUUGCCAACACGUUUUCUGUUCAUUUUACUCGGACCAUGUAAUGAACAUUUACGGUAUCAUGAAGUUGGCCGUUCGAUCGCAACAUUAAUGGCUGAUGAAAUUUUUCACGAUGUUGCCUAUCGAGCACGAAAUCGAGAUGAUCUGCUUGCAGGUAUUGAUGAUUUUCUUGAUCAUGUCACUGUUUUACCACCUGGAGAAUGGGAUCCUAAAACACGUAUUGAACCACCGAAGAGUGUACCAAAUAAAGAAGAUCGACUUGAUCGAACCAAGAUAAAUGGUGUCACACAAAUGGUCGAAAUGGAACACCAUGAACAUGAAUUAGAUCCAGCCUUGAUACGAACAGGAAGAUUCUGCGGAGGCCUUAUCACUGAUAUUAAACGUAAAGCACCGUUCUUUCUCUCAGAUUUCACCGACGCCAUAUCAUUUCAAUCGAUUGCGGCAAUCAUAUUUCUCUAUUUUGCAUGUUUAUCACCGAUUAUUACAUUUGGUGGUCUGUUAAGUAAGGCAACUGAUAAUAAUAUGGCUGCAAUUGAAAGUCUCCUAUCGGGUGCCAUUUGUGGUUGUUUGUAUCACUUAUUUGCUGGUCAGCCAUUAACAAUCUUGGGUAGUACUGGUCCUGUUCUUGUUUUCGAAACCAUCGUCAAUCAUUUUUGCCAAUCUCAUGGCCAUGAUUAUAUGAAUUUUCGUUGUUGGAUUGGCUUAUGGACGGCAUCGAUCCUGUUAAUCAUGGUUGUUACAGAUGCGAGUUAUCUGGUAAAAUAUAUAACAAGAUUCACGGAGGAGAGUUUUGCCGCUCUGAUCGGCAUCAUCUUCAUUUACGAAGCAUUUGAUAAAAUGAUUGAAAUCAAUAAACAAAGACCUUUACGAUUAAAUACAGUGGAUGCCUUACCACCAAAUUGUUCUUGUUUGCUUGUCAAUGGAACACAAGUAUUCAAUUCAUCUGCAACGAUAAAUGAUUGUUUUGCAAAACAAGCGUACAAAUUUCUCGGAAAAGAAUGCUCAACUAUAAUAAACAAGCCUUAUAUCCCUGAUGUAUUUCUUUUUUCAACUAUUCUCUUUGUCUCAACAUUUGUUCUUGCAUAUGUAUUGAAGAAUUUCAAAUUCAGUCGAUUUUUACCCAUGAGUAUUCGCUCGAAAGUGAGCGAUUUCGGUGUAGUUUUAGCUAUAUUUAUCAAUGUUUUCAUUGAUUAUAUGAUUGGUCUUGACACACCGAAAUUACUCGUACCUCAGAAAUUUGAAACAACGAAAUUAGGUCGUGGUUGGGUGAUAAAUCCAUUCGGCAAAAAUCAUGUUACCCUAUGGCUCGCUGCUUUAUUACCUGCAUUAUUAGCCACGAUUCUUAUCUUUAUGGAUCAACAAAUAACAGCUGUGAUCAUCAACCGAAAAGAAAAUAAACUCAAAAAAGGAUGUGGCUAUCAUUUGGAUUUAUUAAUUGUGUCAAUUUGUAUUGCAAUCAAUUCUGUCCUUGGUCUUCCAUGGUUUGUUGCUGCAACUGUCUUAUCAAUAAAUCAUGUUAUUGCGCUUAAACUUGAAUCAGAAACUGCCGCGCCCGGAGAAAAAGCUAAGUUUCUCGGUGUUCGAGAACAACGUGUUACAGGCUUUAUCGUCUUUCUCUUCAUCGGUUUAUCUGUGUUUCUAACUAAAUAUCUCGGUCAUAUUCCGAUGCCUGUUCUCUACGGAGUCUUUUUAUAUAUGGGCAUAUCAUCGAUGAAAGAGAUUCAAUUGAUAUCACGUAUUCUAUUGAUUUUCAUGCCGGAGAAAUAUCAACCGGACUAUGUUUAUCUUCGUCAUGUUCGAACGCGUCGUGUGCACAUGUUUACAUUUAUUCAGCUAAGUUGUUUAGCCUUACUAUGGAUUAUAAAAUCAAUCAAAAAGAUUUCAAUUCUGUUUCCAAUUAUGGUCUUAGCGUUAGUUGGUGCACGGAAAGUCAUGGAUUAUAUAUUUACCCAACGUGAAUUAGGAUAUCUCGAUGAUGUCAUGCCUGAAGUUGUCAAGAAAGAAAUUGAAGAAAGAAAAAAUAGCGGUAUUGAAGAAAAUAAUGACGAUGAAAAUAAGGCGCCAGGAACAAUAACAUUCGAUAAUGGCGAAAUUCGUAUACCUGUCGGUGAUGGCAAAGUCAUGAAAGUCCCAACAGAGAAUGUGAAAAUUAAUACAUCAACGGGUGUAAUUAACUUUUCCGAAGAAGUUGGAAAAACGUUUCUAUGGAAAUCAAUUUCGAAAACAAAAGAUAAAGAGCCAUCAGCAGCAUCUGAACGCAAAACGAAUAGUGACAAAUCAUCACGUAGUUCGGCUAUAAAGAAAAGAAUUCGUAAAUUGAGUUUGAAUUUUCUCAGUCCAGACGAAGAGCGUCCAUUGGUCAAUGCAAGCAAUGACGCAUCCAGUCCGCACAGUCAACAAUUGCCUUCAAUUGUCAUAGAACAACCUGAAAUGCCAUUGUUAAAUAAUGACGGUCGACAACGUCAACGUUCGGGGUCAACAACGAGCAAUCCUAUUGACACAACCAAAUUGUGA